AUGCCAGGGAUGCGCUUACCGGCGAACCAGGAGCAGAUACCCACGUGGGCGCGCGAGCUGGACCGUGAGAUGAUGCAGCGCCCGCAGACACUCCAGGUGCCCAUGGCAGAGAAGAGCAAGGCACGCAAUGCAUUUGGCGAUGUGAGCACCACGGCGAGCUCUGCCACCCGAGGAGACGCUUCGACACCACGUCCACGCUCUAGGGUGUAUAAGUCAAAUCGCAGCUUACUCAGGGUGUGA